AUGGACAACGCUGGAAUGGAAAUGGUGGAGCCGCAGACCGAUAUUUACCAAGAUGCUGUGGUCUUCAUAACGGGUGCCACCGGCUUUGUGGGCAAAACGCUGCUGGAGAAGCUGCUCUGGAGUUUUCCACAGAUCAAACGCAUCUAUAUGCUGAUCCGAUCAAAGGGCGGGGUCACGGUGGAGGAACGUUUCCGGGUAUUCCUCCAGAAUCCCAUCUUUGAGCGCCUGAGGGCAAUGCAUCCGGAGAGACUGAAGAAGAUCUUUCACUUCUCCGGCAACAUUGAGGACGACAACUUUGGUUUAAAUGAGUCCGACAGAGUCGUCUUGUGUGCCGAGGUGAACAUUAUUUUUCACAGUGCAGCAACGGUGCGCUUCAAUGAGUGCCUAAAAGUGUCGGCUCGUGUCAAUUCGCAGGCCACCUACAAUCUUCUCGAGCUCUGCAGGAGUAUGCCUCAAUUAAAGAGCUUUCUGUAUGUCUCCACGGCUUACUGCAAUCCUGGUCGCAAGUAUGUGGAUGAGCAGGUGUAUCCCACAAUGCCGCCAGUGGAUUGGCGUCAGUUUCUUACCGCCACUCAGAAAAUACCCGACGACUAUCUGAAUCGCCUGGCUGACUACAUAAAGGGUCCGCAUGUCAACACCUACACAUUUACCAAGUCAAUUGCCGAGCAGAUCGUCAAUGCAUAUAGACAUGUGAUUCCCAUUGUGAUCGUGAGACCUUCAAUAGUCACUGCUGCGUAUAGGGAACCCUAUCCCGGUUGGAUUGACAACAUUCAGGCCAUCAGCGGGAUAAUGAUGGAGAUUGGAAAGGGGGGAAUUAGCAGCAUUUUGGGGGACAAGGACCUAAUAUGUGACAUCAUCCCAGUGGACUUUGUGGUCAAUGCCAUGAUCAUGAUGGUCAGCAGGGCAAAACUGGGCAGCUUGAGCAUUUGUAACGCCACCUCGGGAGUGACCAAUCCUAUCACCUGGCAACAUCUCGGGGAGCUCACCAUGAAGUGGUCAAGAAUUUUCCCCACACGGCGAAUGAUUAUGUUUCCGAAUUUCAAGUACAGGCGUAGUGCCUUUAAGCAUGAAUUGGCCGUGUGGCUUCUGCAUUUUGUGCCCGCCUUGCUAAUGGAUCUACAAACCCUUUUAUUGGCCCAAAAGAAGCGACUGGUCACCCCCAUUGCCAAGAAGUUCCGGCAGGCAUGUCUGGCCGGUAGCUUUUUUUCGCUGAACGAAUGGAUCUUCAAGAACAAGAGUCGCUUCUAUUUUAAGGAAAUGAUUGAUAAUGGCACAUUUCCCACACUCUAUUGGAAUCUGGAUGAGCUGGACUACGAUGAUUAUGUGCGCCGUCACAUGAUUGGAAUUAAUAAAUACCUGCAUCGCGAAAACUUCACCGUUGAGUCGAAUAAGUUUAUGGUUACCAGGAUUUACUGGUUCUGGAUUUUCCUGCAUUUGUUUUUCAGCAUGAUGCUUUUGUAUAUCAUGUUUUAG